AUGCCGCCGCGCAAAGGGAGCAGUAACACCCCGGCUGGUGGAUACAACCGUUUUGCUUCACUUUCAGAUAUAAGUAGUGCUGCAAAGGCAGAAUCUAGCGCAGACACCGCGCAGUCGAGUGCAGUGCCUAGCGAACCAUCUACGCCCCGCACUCGGUCGGCGGCAAAGCGUGCCGCAAGCGCCACAAAGCCAUCGCAAGCAACGAGAGUUAGUGUGCAAAAGACAGAGGAGGACGUACAGAAAGCAAAAGCUGCCCCAAAACCAGCAGCACAGAAAAAUGACGUGGACGCAUCGCAGAGCUAUUGGAAAAAGGUGCGAGAUCGUACCUUGUUCACCUUCCUCAUGAUUGGCGGCUUUAUGACCAUUUUAUUGAUGGGCCCUGCAUACUUGAUUUUGCUUGUUCUUCUGUUGGACACGAUGGUGUAUCGCGAGAUCACCGGGCUUUUCAAGAUUCCGGGUCGUGCGAGCCUGACGGACCGCCCAAACGCGGAGGAAUUGCGCAAGGAGCUGGACCCCGACGAAUGCGAGGAGCACAGGCGCCAAGAGCUGUGGAGCAAGACGCUCAGCUGGUACUUUUUUGCAGUGUGCAACUUCUUCUUGUACGGCGAGUCGCUCGUAUACUACUUUAAGCACAUUGUCUAUGUUGAUUCGUUCUUUUUGUACUUUGCGCGCCACCACCGCCUUGUUUCCUUCAUGCUCUACAUUUUUGGAUUCAUGGCGUUUGUCGCGCGCCUCAAGCGUGGAAAUCUCAAGUACCAAUUUGGGCUCUUUUGCUGGGUGCACAUGUCGCUCUUGCUCAUUGCCAUUUCCUCCCAUUUUAUUGUAAACAACAUCCUCGAAGGGAUUAUCUGGUUUUGGGUUCCUGUCAGCUUGGUGAUCUGCAAUGAUAUCUUCGCAUACAUUUGCGGGAUGAUGUUUGGCCGCACGCCGCUGAUCAAGCUAAGCCCUAAGAAAACGGUGGAAGGAUUUAUCGGCGCGCUCUUGAUCACCAUGUGUUUCGCGUGGUUCUAUGCGGGCUUUUUCCAGCAGUUUAACUACAUGAUUUGCCCGUCUGUCAACCUCGGCAUGAAUGCCUUCUCUGGCGUGCAGUGCAACGUCAACCCAGUUUUCCAUAUGCACACCUCCGCACUGCCCGACACGUUGGCAACUAUUCUUUCCACGAUUGCUCGCCGUCCCGUGACGCAAUUCCAUUGGACCUACUUCCAGUUCCACGCACUGGUUAUGGCCGCAUUCGCUAGUCUUGUCGCGCCGUUCGGUGGCUUCUUUGCGAGCGGAUUCAAGCGCGCAUUUGAGAUCAAAGACUUUGGCGACAGCAUCCCCGGCCAUGGAGGUCUGACCGACCGGUUCGACUGCCAAUUUAUCAUGGGUUUGUUUAGUUUCGUCUACUACUCGGCCAUGAUUCGCGACAAUACCGUUACUGUCGGUAUGGUUAUGCAGACCAUCAUCACACAGCUUUCCGUCGAUCAGCAGGUGGCGCUUCAUGAGCAUCUACAGCACCACCUUCGGAGCGCCGUCCAAGCUUGA